CUCUCUGACCUGCCUGCCAGGAGGGUGCCAGGGAACCACAGCCUUUGCCCGCACGAGAGAACGUCGGAAGGAGGAAUGGAGUAAAAAAAAAAAAACUUUGGGAAGCUGCUGCCCCUGGAAAUGCUGCUGCACCCCAUCGCUUCCAGGGGCGCCCCCCGCGUCGGCGUCCAUUGGGGAAGCAGCUGAUAAAGUCUAGAGCGCGAGGACUAGAGCUGCAGGAGUCCCAAGGGAGCUGCAGACUGGGAGGCGGUGGCGGGAGAAUGAAGACACCAACGUUCCGGAACCAGCAGCAUGAGUUGGCAGCGUGGCUCCCGGCUUAGGGCAAUCGGGGCCGCAGCCCCAUGGACCCCCUGGGCCCCGCUGCUGGUGCUGAGCCUCCCAGGCUGGGCACUGGCCGUGGCUGCCACCACCCUGCUCCCCGCCGACCAGCAUGCAGUGCCCCCUGCUGCCACUGGGCCUGCACCCCUCGACUGGCUGCUGGCUGACCGCGGCCCUUUCCACCGUUCACAGGACUACGCCGACUUCAUGGAGCGAUACCGGCAGGGAUUCACCACCAGGUACCGCAUCUACAGGGAGUUCGCCCGCUGGAAAGUGAACAGUCUGGCGCUGGAGAGGAAGGACUUCAGCGUGCCCCUGCCGCUGGCCCCCGAGUUCACCCGUAACAUCCGCCUCUUGGGCCGGAGACCCAACCUGCAGCAGGUGAUUGAGACCCUCAUCAAGAAGUACGGGACCCACUUUCUGCUCUCUGCCACACUGGGAGGGGAGGAGUCCCUAACCAUUUUCGUGGACAAGCGGAAGCUGAGCCGGAAGGCCGAGGUGCAAGGCAGUAGCCCAGGAGUGGCCACGAGCAGCAGCGGGAACAGCUCGGCAGUGUCGCUGGAGAUGUUACACCAGCUGGCGGCCUCCUACUUCAUCGACAGGGAGAGCACGCUCAGGAGGCUGCACCAUAUCCAGAUCGCCACUGGCGCCAUCAAGGUCACCGAGACCAGGACCGGACCACUGGGCUGCAGCAACUAUGAUAAUCUGGAUUCCGUCAGUUCUGUCCUGGUACAGAGCCCCGAGAACAAGGUGCAGUUACUAGGCCUACAGGCGCUGCUGCCCACAUACCUUCGUGAGCGCUUCGUGGCAGCGGCACUGAGUUACAUCACCUGCAGCUCGGUGGGGGAGCUGGUGUGCCGGGACCGGGACUGCUGGUGUCGCUGUGCCGCAGGCUUCCCUGACUGCAACUGUCCUGACGCUGAUGUGCGUGCCAUGGAGAGCAGCCUGCUGCAGUUGCAGGCCGCCUGGGCCACACAUGGCCACCAGUUCGAGCAGUCAGAGGAGUUCCAGGCCCUGCUGAAACGGCUCCCGAAUGACAGGUUCCUGAAUUCCACGACCAUCUCCCACUUCUGGGCUGGUGACUCCAACCUCCAACAUCGCUACCAGCAGCUGGGGGCCAGCCUGAAGGCACUGUUUGCCAAGACCCACCGAAUCAUCCGCCGCCUCUUCAACCUCUGUAAGCGGUGCCACCGGCAGCCUCGCUUCCGCCUGCCCAAGGAGAGGUCCCUGUCUUACUGGUGGAACCGAAUCCAGUCCCUCCUGUACUGCAGCGAGACCCCACUGCCAGGCACCUUCCUGGAGCAGAGCCGCAGCUGCAGCUGUCCAUCGGACCAGGCCUCCUGCCAGGGGUCCAUCCCCUGCGCGUGGGGCGAUGGCUCGGCCUGUGCUCACUGUGCCGCUGACAACAGCUCACGCUGUGGUGGCUGCAAUCCGGGCUACGUGCUGGCACAGGGCACAUGCCGGCCUGAGGUGGCUGAACCACCUGAGCAUUUCCUGGGGCUGGAGACGGACCUGCAAGACCUGGAGCUCAAGUAUCUACUGCAGAAGCGCGAUAGCCGCAUCGAGGUGCACUCGAUCUUCAUCAGCAACGAUCUGCGCCUGGGUAGCUGGUUCGACCCCUCAUGGCGCAAACGCAUGUUGCUGACGCUCAAGAGCAACAAGUACAAGCCGGGACUGGUGCAUGUGAUGCUGGCCCUGUCGCUGCAGAUCUGCCUGACCAAGAACAGCACCCUGGAGCCGGCCAUGGCCAUCUACGUCAACCCCUUUGGGGGCAGCCACUCAGAGAGCUGGUUCAUGCCUGUCAACGAGGGCGGCUUCCCCGACUGGGAGAGGACGAAUGUGGAUGCUGCGGCCCAGUGCCAAAACUGGACUCUCACGCUGGGCAACCGCUGGAAAACCUUCUUCGAGACGGUGCACGUAUACUUGCGCAGCCGCAUCAAGUCUCUGGAUGACAGCGCCAACGAGACCAUUUACUACGAGCCCCUGGAGGUGGGCGACCCAUCUAAGAACCUAGGUUACAUGCGCAUCAAUACCAUGCAGGUCUUUGGCUACAGCCUGCCCUUUGACCCAGAAGCCAUUCGGGACUUGAUCCUGCAGCUCGACUACCCCUACACGCAGGGCUCGCAGGACUCAGCCCUCCUGCAACUCGUGGAACUGCGGGACCGGGUUAACCAGCUCUCACCACCCGGCAAGGUGCGGCUCGACUUGUUUUCGUGCCUGUUGAGGCACCGCCUCAAAUUGGCCAACAACGAGGUGGGCCGCAUCCAGGCCUCCCUGCGGGCCUUCAACUCCAGGCUGCCCAACCCCAUAGAAUAUGAGACAGGCAAACUGUGCAGCUAAAAAAGGCCUGGGGUGCACCCCCACCCCUUAGGACUGGGCAAGGAGCGGUGCGCAGUAGGUGGAGCUGGCAGAACCUUUUUUGGGGGGUGGGUUGUGCAAAUGCAGAUGUAUUAGCAAUGCUGCAAAAACAAAAAGUCCUGCCAAACCA